GCUCACCCGCGGCACCUUUUAGACGUUUCACUUUAGUUUAUACUGAGUCUGCCGUCUUAAUCACGGGAUAUUCUUCCUGGAAAUAUUAAGCGGUUCAAACAUCAGUAGACAUCGCCGGAUAACGCACAUCGUUAGCGUAACUUUUAGGCGCGCCCCCGAUUUGACGGUGUUCGUUUUUGGUUGUCCCGAUUCGCAGCGAGUUCUCCGGCCGGCGACCAACGUGAACAUGUCUCUGCCGAGCAAGACGCACCAACCCGUGAGCCAUGUGCUUUUCGACAUGGACGGAUUACUAUUAGAUACAGAACGGCUGUACACCGUUUCCUUUCAGGAAAUAUGUGACCGCUUCGGAAAACAAUACACGUGGGACGUGAAGUCAUCAGUGAUGGGUAAAAAGGCUAUAGAGGCUUCCCAGAUUAUUUGUGACGCCCUUGAGCUACCAAUGACAGCUGAAGAACUCCUUGCUGAAAGCAGACGAAUACAAGAGAGGAUAUUUCCCUCUGCCGAACUGAUGCCAGGCGUGGAAAAACUGGUCAGUCACCUGCGAAAGCACAAGGUCCCGAUGGCAGUGGCCACCAGCUCGGCGGGCCAGAUGUUCGAAAUGAAGACGGGUCGCCACAAAGCCUUCUUUGACCUGUUCAGCCACAUCGUCCUCGGCGACGACCCGGAAGUGAAGAACAGCAAGCCCCAGCCGGACUCUUUCCUGAUCUGUGCCAGUAGGUUUGACCCUCCGGCCUCCCCAGAGAUGUGUUUGGUGUUCGAGGACGCUCCCAAUGGGGUGAAGGCGGGACUGGCGGCGGGCAUGCAGGUGGUGAUGAUUCCCGACGACAACCUGGACCCCAGACUCACCCAGGAGGCCACGCUGCGGCUGAGGAGCAUGGAGGACUUCCAGCCCCAACUCUUCGGCUUGCCGGCCUUUGACUGAGCCCUCACACUGUAACCAGGCCUUUGAAAAACAGGAGUUUGGCAAAAGAAAACCCUUCCUACGAUGCCUCAAUUUCAACAUCACAGUAUGGUUGUUACUGUUUCUGUUCUUCAGCUGUUGGACUUGCGUGUUGCCAUCCAUGCUGCUGUUUUGUAGUGAUGGAAAGUAAUUAAUGUACUUAGUACAUUUUUCAAGUAUCUGCACUCAUUUAAGUGUAUUAAUUUCAUUAAAACUGCAUGAUUUUCAUGAUGCUAAAUUUCAAAGCGUGUAUCUAUGCUUUUUAACCUCGCUACUUUUUCUAACAACCCUUACUUUAUAGAGGAAAAAAAUAAAAUAAAAAUCAGGGUUUCUUUAUAUACCAAAGGCAAGAGGAACCGACCCAUUGAACAGAUCAGUUCAUUAAAAUGGCCGAGACGUAAGAUCAAAUCUUAAAUUGAAUCAUUGUUUUUUUAAGUUUGCAAUAUUCUCUUUCGCUUGACUGCAAUUCACUGUUCGCAUCAGUUUGAAAAACGCCCCAAUCUGAUUAAUCCAAUCUUCAGUGUUCACAAGUGGAAAUUUGAUUUUUGUUUUAUUAUAUCUGGCUCACAUUGGGUGAACAAGAUCAGGGCCUGGAUUUAUUAAAUAUCUGAAGUGACUGCUGAUUUAGCCUUGCUCAUUCA